AUCAAUGGACGCUAAAAUGGCGGCUAUAUGGAAACAAAUCUAAUCUUGCUUUGAGCGGCAGUUAAGAUAUGACCAGCAGUGCAACAUGGCAAAUGCUGACUCCGGAUCUUGGAAAAUUCUGGCUGAUAAGAAAGAAAAAGAAUGGAGAGGCAUUCUGGAGUCACGGAUAGAGUCACUUGAAGCCACAGUGAAAGAAAAGGACAAAGAGUUGGAGUCUCAGAAGGAGAAGUUUACAGAAUUAAAAGACCACUUCAAAUACAAUUUGAGACUGCUAGAAGAAAGAGACAGAGAACUGGAAAAGUAUGAUGCUACUUAUGCUGACAUCCGCACAACUUUAAACUCUAAAAAUGCCGAAAUAAGUGAACUGAAGAUCCAGCUUGAUGACUUCAAGAAUAUCAUCAAAAGAGAGGAGAGAUCGAGAGAUGAGUUACAGAGCAACUACCAAAGACGACUCAGAGAGAAACAGGCAGAGGUGGAUUCAUAUAAAAGUUGCAAGGAUGGUGAGCUUCAAGAGGAGAGAAAAGAGUAUGAACAAUUCAGAAGGAAUUUACAACUUCAGCUAACAAAUUUGCACAAUGAACUGGAUACCCAAAAGAAGGAGUUAACAACAGAAUUUGAAAAUGAAUUAAAAAAGCGUGAGCACGAAUUUCGAGUACAAAGUGAUGAACUGCAUGCAAAAGUUUUGGAGCAUGACCUGAAGGCAAAACUUUUGGCCAAAGAGCUGGAGCUGGCAAGAGACUCCCAUGACAAGACGACCUGCCAGGCUCAAGAAGCUGAGUCUUCGCAGAGGGAGCUGGAGAAACUUGUAAAACAGAAGGAAUGGGAACUGGCUGAUGUCUCAGCAGUUAAAGAUUCAAAUAUAUCAGAGCUGGAGCACAAGGUUUCAUCAUGUGAGGCAGCGAUGAAAAAAAUGCAAGAAGAUUUCCAGAGAAAGUACACAGAGAUAGAUAAAAUGGCCCGAGAAAGGGAAGAACUGAUUGAAAGGGCGAAAAAUGGCUAUCUGGAACGGGAAAAAGCCUUGCAAGAGAUAAAUCAAGAUCUUCAGUCGAAGCUGGAGGAUUCUCAGAUCAGAGAAAGACAACUUACAUGGAAUAACCAAGACUUGGCAAAGGAAAAAGAAAUUCAAAUUGAAAAGUUGCAAGAAGAAAUUUCAGAAGUGAAAGAGAAAUGGGACCGCCAUGUAGCUGAAAUCUCCAGAGAAAAUGUGAGCCGUGAUCUGGAGCUUGGCACAGCAUUGGAGGAGCAGAGACGUCUCAAGCUGGAGCUGGAGCAAAGGAAAGAUGAUAUGGAAAGAUACAAGACUGAAUUGAAAGCAGCUGCUGAUCGGGAGGAGAAGCUGGACAAAUCAAAGACACAAACAGAACUGGACUGGCAGCGUCGCUGUGAAGAUUUGGAGAGAGCUCAGUAUGAUAAGUCAGAGGAUCUAAUAAAAAAGCUGACAGUCGCCAGAAAUGAGGCUUUGGCACUAGUGAAGGAAAGAGAAAGAGAACUUCAGCAUAAGAUUUUCUUAGUGAAAUCUCUGCAUUGUGAGAGGGACCAACUGAGACUAGUUCUGAAGAAUCAUGGCAUUCCUCUGGACAAUUUUGUAAAGUAUUCUGUGGACACAAAUGAAGAUGAAGAAGAUCUGGCUUAUGUAGAAGAUUUGCAGAAGCAGAACACAAGUUUGAAAGAGCUGAUUGGUCAGAUGCGCACGGAGAUGGAGACUCUGGGACAAGGUGGACUGAACAAGAACUCAAAUGCUGUUAUAGAUGAUGAUUCCUGGGUGCAGGAAGAACUUCAGCAUUUAAGAAAAGAAAAUAAAGACAUGAAGGAAAAACUGAAACGCUCAAAAGUGACGUUUUCUCAAGCAAAGCAUUCUCUGGAAGAUAGUGAAGAAAUCUUGAGCCAAGUGCAAGGGAACGCUGGUGUGAAAAAUCACAUUCUAGCUUUAAAUGAAACAGUUGGUGUCCUGAGAUCAGAGAAGGUGGAGCUCGCUGCGACAGUGAAAAAACAACAAGCAAGACUGGCACACUUAGAGACUUCCCUUGAAGAUAUAUCUACCCAGCCUCGCCAGAAGCAGAUACAGAUUGACCAGCUCAACUAUGAGCUGAGCAGCCAGCGACGGAGGCACGAGGGGGAGGUAACUGGCCUGAAGAACCGAGUGAGUGACCUUGAACUACAGCUGAGUGAGGCGAGGCGGGAAGCGGAUGAGUACCAUAGAGCUAGUCUGGAGAGAAAUCAGGAACUUGUGGCUCUUGGCAACCAGUUGUCUGCUUUAAAAAUGGAAAAGGCAGAGGCAAACCCAUCUAUUAAUUUUGGUGCUCAGGAGCUCUAUAUCCAACAACUCCAAUCUGAGUUGAGCCAGCUCCGCAAAAGAGCCACUGUGCUGGAUGCUUCGGAUGCGGAAAAGCUGUCUGGGAAGUUUGACCACGUCGCUGACACGGUCAACCAUGGUGACCUGAAGUACAAACUGAAGAGUGCUGCGGCUAAGAUUGUGCAACUAGCUAAAGAAAAUCAGCAGCUGAUUGAGUCAAAUAACAGGCUCAGAGCUCAGCUAAAAAAUGCAGGAAAUGCAAUGCAAGAAAAGCCUUUUGAUAAAGAGGUAACAGUUGACAGGAAUGACCGGAGAGAUGACAAGGACAGUGCAGAUUUUGAUGGGCGGCUGUCACAGUUAGAGAAACUCCAGUACCAGUUGACACGUCAGAACCCCCUACGAGGCAAGACUUCCAGCCAAAGCAAGUGCAAGUCCUAUCUCACACCGUACCGGUCAGUCGUCCGUCCAGGGGUGACAUUGACCCCCAUAUGUUAAUGAGCAUGUCGUCUGGUGGAGGGGAAUCCAUCCAGAAGGUGUGGCAGAUGCUGGAGGAGUCUGUGACCAGCGGUGACCCCUCCUCCUCCCCUCCCUCCCCCAGGGCUGUGAUAUCAGACUCUCAGAGGAGAGGAACUGGAAGAUCGGCCUUGAAAAAAUCAACGGAAGUUUUAAGUCCCCGCAGCCAAGACAGGUUUCAGCUUGAGGGUCAGCCCGCAGCCUCGGAGAGCAAGUCGGGCAGUGGAAAAGUUGGGAGAGCGGCAGCCUUGAAAUACGCAGAAAAUGUCCGAAAGCUUUCACAACCCAAGCCAAAAGUCAGGAACUAUAAUGUCAGAGAUGGCUCUGGUUCCAGAUGAUACCCAAGAUAUAUAUAUAUCUGUUGUGGUUUUCCUUUGUCUAAAAUUUGUCACUUAGAAAAAGGGCCUUAUUGUGUUGCAAGUGGUGUAAAACACUUAUUAAAACCCCAAAAAAGGGCAAAAAUGCAAAGGCUGCUGAACUGACAUCAACGGUUGCCAUUCUUGUGGCUGUAUUUGACAAAAAGAGAGAGAAAGGAGGAACAGUAGAGCUCAAUAGUCAUCAAUAUUAUUUUUAUUCCAUUGUAACAAUGACUUUUUUGUUUAUGUGUACAUAAAU